GAAAAGGGAGAGAAAUUAUCAUAAGUACGCACUCUAACACUGUACCAAUUUAUUUGGGGAGAGUGACAAUAGUGUGUCGGGAGUGGGAAAAUUAGAUAGAAGGAGAAGAUGAUGCGAAGAGAUAUAUCCGCAUUUGCUCAGCCCAGAUGCCUUUUCAUCCUCAUCCUUGCUGCUUUUCUCCUCAUCUUCGCCUUCUCCUACAGUUUUCAGGGCAUAGUUGAGGAGGAGCUUGAAAUUACUCAUAGAGUGUUCUUGGAUAUUGAUAUGGAUGAUCAACGGUUAGGUAGAAUCGUGAUUGGAUUGUUUGGUACAGUUGUUCCAAAAACAUCUGAAAAUUUCAGGGCUCUUUGCACUGGAGAGAAGGGAAUGGGCACCAGUGGUAAACCUCUACAUUAUAAGAAAACACCUUUCCAUCGUAUAAUUCCCGGGUUUAUGAUUCAAGGUGGAGAUAUUGUUCAUGGUGAUGGGAAGGGUGGAGAAUCAAUUUAUGGUGGUACCUUCCAUGAUGAAAAUUUCAAAAUAAAACAUUGGCGUGCAGGAGUUGUGUCUAUGGUGAAUUCUGGACGUAAUUCUAAUGGUUCGCAGUUCUUUAUCACCACAGUGAAGGCAAGCUGGUUGGAUCGUGAGCAUGUGGUGUUUGGGAAGGUUUUACAAGGCAUGGAUACUGUAUAUGCCAUUGAAGGUGGAGCUGGAACUUAUAGUGGAAAACCUAGGAAGAAGGUAAUCAUAGCCGACUCUGGAGAGAUACCCAAGAGCAAAUGGGACGAGGACACGACUAAACUUUAAGAAUUUGCUACUUUCUGAGUGUAGAAGGUUGAGUUAAUAGUUGUCUCUAAUCAAAUGAUAUGUUGUUUACAUGUUGUAUGUUGUUCAUACAUGUCACGUGGGGAAAAGAAAGUUGGAAUUUCUGUGUUAGCUUUGUAUGUCCGCUUUCUGAUCCCAGCAUAGUUGAUUGAUUAUUAGGAAAGCAGUUCAAUCUACCCCUUGUGUUGGGUAUCUUGUAGAGACCUGUAAUAUAGAUCGAGUUGAUGUAAAUGGUAUAUGGUGAGUUUAUUCAUCAAAAGUUGCAUACGAGAUUGAUACAGAAA